AAAGAUUUAUCAAUUAAUCUAUUAUAAAAUAUUGGACUAACUACAGAAAAUUGGCAUUCUUAUUCCAAUAGUGUUGGAAGAUAGUUUCUUCUACCUUGCAAUAUGAAUAUCAAAACGGGGUUAUUUAGUACACUUUUAAUAUUAUCUGCAUUUUUUUCUGAAACAUUUGCAGAGAAAAAUGUUAAUUUCAUUAAUUUUAAUGGAGCAAUGACCUUAGCAGCUGCAAAAGCCAAUACUGAUGCUGAAACUCUUUAUAUGGAUAAUUGUACCAUCACAUCUUAUCCACUAUCUUUAUUCUCAAUCAUGGUUAAUGUACAGGAACUGACAGUUAAAGAUUCAAAAAUAUUGCAACCUAUGGAUCCUAACUUAUAUCCAAGUGGCCGUAAACUUCGAAGACUCUUAAUAUCAAAUGUUGACAUCAAUGAAUAUCCAUUACGCAAUUUUCGCAAUACAACCUUCGAAAAAAUAGAACUCCAUGCUCAACCUCAGGUUAAGGUAGUAACGAAAGAUUUUGCAAGUGAAACUCAACGUCUGAAGUACUUCGAAUGCAGCGAAUGUAAAAUAGAUACCAUAGAAGAAGGUGCUUUUAAUAACCUGGAUAAGCUUGAGGUUUUGGAUCUCCAAAAAAAUUCAAUCACAAAAUUGACAGAUGAAACAUUCAGUCCACUCAAAAGUUUGAAGAGAUUGAAUUUGGCCGAAAACAAACUAUCCAAAUUCACUACAAAUGAAAUAAAACAAUGCACGAAAUUAGAGAGUAUUGAUUUGAGUGACAACCCUCUGAAGGAGCUAAAUUUACUGGACGCCAAUAAAGUCUUACCUAAUCUCAAAACAGUAAGCAUCAUAAAAACACAAAUUCGUGAGGCUGUGAUCGAAGAACAUAGGCAAAAAACAAAAAUUCGCUUCUUAACAGUUAAAGAUAAACAAAUCAAAUCAUAACUUUAUCAUCAAUUACCUACUCGUGUAUUAAAUAUUGAAUAAAACUGAGAAAUA